UUCCAGGGCCUUGUUUACAACACGAGAAAACAGCCUGUACUUGUACAGUGGCAACUGACCUGUAGGAAGUGAGGCAAGAGCUCCAGAGCACAAUCAGACUAUUGUGAUGUUUAGUUUCACUCUGCUGAGUACCAUCAUCACAUGUGAGGAUGUCCUGAGGUUACUGUGUGUGUGUGUGUGUGUGUCCCAGUGAAAGACGAGAAACGGGCAUGAAUAGAGACGAGAAAGGAGGUGGAGUGGGGGAAACUUGGAGCAAGUUGUACUGUGAGGGAGAGCGGACAGAGAGGAGGAAGCCACUAUCUGCAAAAUGCAGAGGAAACAAAGAUAGGGACUGUGCUGGACGUCCAGAUACAACAAAAAAAGGAACUUUUAAAGCUUGUAUCGUGACAGCCAUGGAUGUUUUUUUAAUGUGAGGAACUGGAGGCCGGAUCAAAAAGGAACAGAGACGAGUAUGUGCAGAAUCUAAGGCAUGGACUCGCUAACCUUUGACCCGCCUGCUCAAAGCAAAAUGGACGGGCUAACUGCUGUCCUUGUCCGCGGCUUUAAAUGUCCUCUGCCAUGGCGAAGCGUGAGGCUGGGAGCACCAGUCCUGUGGUGCGGCAGAUAGACAAGCAGUUUCUGGUCUGCAGCAUCUGUCUGGAUCACUACCGCAACCCCAAGGUGCUGCCCUGUCUACACACCUUCUGUGAAAGUUGCCUGCAGAACUACAUUCCCCCAGAGUCUCUGACGCUCUCGUGUCCGGUGUGCCGGCAGACGUCCAUCCUGCCCGAGAAAGGAGUGUGUGCUCUGCAGAACAACUUCUUCAUCACUAAUCUCAUGGAGGUCCUCCAGCGAGACCCCGAGUGCUCGAGACCAGAAUCCUGCAGCGUCCUGGAGUCGGUCAGUGCCGCCGCUGCAGGGAAACCUCUCUGCUGCCCGAACCACGACGGCAAGGUGAUGGAGUUCUACUGCGAGUCCUGUGAGACUGCCAUGUGUCUGGAGUGCACCGAGGGCGAGCACAGGGAGCACGUGACCGUCCCUCUGCGGGACGUCGUGGAACAGCACAAGGAGGCGCUGAAGACACAGCUGGACGCGAUACACAGCAGGCUCCCUCAGCUCGCGGCAGCCAUCGAGCUGGUGAGCGAGAUCUCGCGCCAGCUCAACGACAGGAAGACCGGGGCGGUCGCGGAGAUCACCGGCACGUUUGAGGAGCUGGAGCGAGCGCUGCAUCAGCGCAAGGCGGCGCUCAUCGCGGACCUGGAGAGCAUCUGCAGCAGCAAGCAGAAGGUGCUGCAGGCCCAGCUGUCGUCUCUGCUGCAGGGGAAGGAGCACAUUGAGAGCAGCUGCAGCUUCACAGAGCAGGCUCUCAGCCACGGCAGUGCCACUGAGGUGCUGCUGGUUCAGAAGCAGAUGAGCGAGCGGGUCACGGCGCUGGCUCGACACGAAUUCCCAGAGAGACCACAUCAGAACGCACACCUGGAUUGUCAGGUGGAGACUGAAGGCCUGCGACGCUCCAUCCAAAACCUUGGCGUCCUCCUCACCACAGCGGCUGUAGCUCACACCUCCGUCGCCACGGGAGAGGGCCUGCGCCACGCAGCGACCGGGCAGCACCACACUGUUACCGUGACAACAAAAGACAAGGACGGGGACCUGGUGCGGACAGGAAAUGCCGUUUUAAAAGCAGAGAUCACGUCUUCUGACGGAAACCGAGCUGCAGAGACUGAGAUAACGGACAAUAAGAACGGAACGUAUGAGGUGGGCUACACGGUGCGCUCUGAGGGAGAGUAUGCGUUCACCCUGCUGCUGUACGGCCAGCCCAUCCGCGGCAGCCCGUUCCGGCUGCGGGCGGUGAAGCCCUCCGAUGUGCCGCAGUCUCCAGAUGACGUGAAGAGGCGGGUGAAGUCCCCCAGUGGGACGGGGGGCCACAUACGGCAGAAAGCAGUGCGACGGCCGUCCAGCAUGUACAGCACCACCAAGAAGAAGGAGAACCCCAUUGAAGAUGAGCUCAUCUACAGAGUGGGUUCCCGGGGCAGAGAGAAAGGGGAGUUCACCAAUCUGCAGGGAAUCUCUGCUUCCAGUAACGGCAGAGUGGUGGUGGCUGACAGCAACAACCAGUGCAUACAGGUUUUCUCCAACGACGGCCAGUUCAAAAUGCGCUUUGGCGUCAGGGGUCGGUCUCCGGGGCAACUGCAAAGGCCCACGGGUGUCACCGUGGACAUGAACGGUGACAUCGUGGUGGCCGACUACGACAAUCGAUGGGUCAGCAUCUUCUCCUCUGACGGCAAGUUUAAGAAUAAGAUUGGCGCAGGCCGACUCAUGGGGCCUAAAGGAGUCGCCGUGGAUAAGAACGGACACAUCAUCACUGUGGACAACAAGGCCUGCUGCGUCUUCAUCUUCCAGUCCAAUGGGAAGCUUGUGACUAAGUUCGGGGGCCGAGGGACGGCGGACAGACAGUUUGCAGACAAACUUGGCCCAAACUUAAAUAAAUCUGGCUCGGUUUUCAGUCCUCAUUUUGUUGCAGUCAACAACAAAAAUGAAAUAAUUGUGACUGAUUUUCACAAUCACUCUGUGAAGGUGUACAGUGCAGAUGGAGAGUUCUUGUUCAAAUUUGGUUCUCAUGGUGAAGGCAACGGGCAGUUCAACGCUCCCACUGGUGUGGCAGUAGAUGCCAAUGGAAACAUCAUCGUUGCUGAUUGGGGAAACAGCCGAAUACAGGUGUUUGACAGCACCGGCUCCUUCUUAUCCUACAUCAACACAUCAGCGGACCCUCUGUACGGCCCACAGGGCCUCGCCCUCACCUCGGACGGACACGUGGCCGUCGCCGACUCCGGCAAUCACUGCUUUAAGGUUUACAGAUAUCUGCAGUAGAGCCAAAGGGAAGACGUCGCCGAACACCAACCCGUGUCACGGAAUGUCACGCAGAGCUGCAGUUUCACACAUUCAUGUCUGUGCAUACUGAAUACAACAUGUCAUAUUCAGAGCUGAAUUCAAAGAAAUAUAAGAAAAAUUAUCUUAAUGAGAAAAAAAACCCCAAAGACGCAAGCCAGCUGUGCCAAAAUUCAUAAGCAAACAACCUGUAAUUUGAUAUUUUCCAAUCCAAUCCCUCAGAUUAGAUUAUCAGUUAAACUGUCGUGCUGUUUACCAAACGACAAAUGCCAAUCAAAACAGUCUUGUUGAUACACAGCAGACGAGCAACAGCAGCCAAACCAGCAACUUACAAUCAAUGAGCCAAAGACACAGAAGUUUGCUUGUUUGUUAAUUAAUUAAUUAAUUUGAUGUCACCUUAAUUGUGCACUAGAGCUGAAACAUUGUGAUUUUAAGGUUUCACACAGUUAAAUAACAGGCCUUUUUGUUUGUGUGUCAGUUCUAAGUGAAGCACCGGAGUCCUUUCUGGGACUCGAGACUGCACAGUGAAUCAAAGCUGCAUAAUGAUGACAUUCUUAGUGGCCCUAAAAAUGAUUUUCGGAUGAUUUAUAGUAUAUGCCGUUUUUUUUUUGUUGUCAUCCAAAGUCAUCAAAGAAGCACAACAGUGAUGUCCACUUCUUCUAAGCUCUCUCUCUAUUAUUAACCAAAACAGACUCCUUAUCAUACGAUAAUCCAGUUCCUGCACUUUCACAUCAACACAAUAUAGUUGUACAUAUGCAUAUAAUUUUAAAAUGUGUAUAUACCGAUUUGAUGUCCAUGUUAUUCCACUAUCUAUAGCCUCCGUAUUCCAACACGUUUCAACACUGGAGUAUAAACUAAUACAGUAGAGCGUCAUACCACGUACAACAGCCAACAAACAUCAAUGGAACAAUGUUGUAUGCACAUUACUUGCUGUAUUUUUUUUUUUUCUCUCAAAAGGAUUUAAUUUAUGUUUGAUUUUCUUUUCUACAUAAUUUGUUCUACAAAUUAUUUUUCUAAUUGGUGCAUUUUGAACUUGUCUCCUCUUUGCCAAACACCAUUUGUACAUAUAUGCCUUGUAACUUGAUGCCCAUGUCUUUACAUUAGUACUUUUGCUGUUGCACAUAACACAAAUAUUAUAAGAGUUCUAUAGUUUGCAAGAGUAAUAUAUGCCUGUGUAUAGUUAUCAUUAAUCAUAAUCAGAAAAGUGCUCUGUAAAUUACACAAUCGUAUUCUUGCUGUUGCCGAAAAGCGAAUUAUCAUGACUUCUCCAGUGGUUUCAUUCAUUUGCUUCGUAAUUCUGUGUUUUUUGGCCGUUUCUUGUGUGGCUUCAAGAGAAAACCAACACCAGCUUUACAAUGAAACGGUCUCUCCCUUAUUAGUGAUCUGAUAUUUUGCUUUUCCUCUACUUUUGACCACCGUCUCAUGCCUGUGUUGAAAAUAAAGGAAGCACAUUUAAAUUCAAUCGCCAUCAUGGGGUGAACUACAAAGAAGUAAGCACUAUGUAAUCACGGCAACGGUAUGAUUGUAAAUAUUAAAAGAAAAAAACUGUU